GCAGGGUUUUGUGCGCAACCAGGUGACCAGUAUCGCUCUCAGCUGACUUUUGAUGUGUUGCUGAUGCUUGAUUAUCGAACAGCUGGCCGUUCAUUGAAUCUAUGAAUUAUGACUUACCUUAACUUAUAAUCAUAGUGUGGAUUGGCCAUUCUGUACUUCUUAGGUGAAAACAUUGUGUUUGUGCACUUCACUUCAUCUGCAAGUGACUUGAGCCGCUGCAAGCAUGACAGAAUUUUGGCUGAUUUCUGCACCUGGAGAGAAAACAUGCCAGCAGACAUGGGACAAACUGAAUGCUGCAACUAUAAGAAACAACAAUCUGUCAUCUAACUUCAAAUUUUCUAUUCCUGAUCUUAAGGUUGGAACUCUUGAUGUGCUAGUGGGAUUGUCAGAUGAACUAGCCAAGCUCGACUCAUUUGUUGAAGGAGUCGUAAAGAAGGUGGCUCAGUACAUGGCUGAUGUGUUGGAGGACAGCAAAGAUAAAGUUCAGGAGAACCUUUUGGCUAGUGGAGUUGACUUGAUUACCUAUAUAACUAGGUUCCAGUGGGACAUGGCCAAGUACCCAAUCAAACAGCCUCUGAAAAACAUUUCAGAAAUCAUUGCAAAGCAAGUAACGCAGAUUGACAAUGACCUUAAAACAAGAGCAUCUGCUUACAACAGCCUCAAAGGAAAUCUUCAGAACUUGGAACGAAAAAAUGCGGGCAGUUUGCUGACCAGGAGUCUGGCUGAUAUUGUAAAAAAAGAUGAUUUUGUACUUGAUUCGGAAUACCUUAUUACUUUAUUGGUGGUUGUUCCAAAGACAAAUCACAGUGACUGGAUGAAGAAUUAUGAAAUGCUAGCUGAAAUGGUGGUACCGAGAUCAAGCUCGAUACUCACUGAGGACCAGGACAGUUACCUUUGCAAUGUCACCCUCUUCAAGAAAGCAGUUGAUGACUUCAAGCACAAUGCCAGGGAAAGCAAGUUUAUCGUUCGUGAUUUUCAGUAUAAUGAGGAAGAGAUGAAAGCAGAUAAAGAGGAAAUGAACAGACUUUCAACUGACAAGAAGAAGCAGUUUGGUCCUUUAGUUCGAUGGCUAAAAGUGAACUUCAGUGAAGCUUUCAUCGCAUGGAUUCAUGUUAAAGCAUUACGAGUCUUUGUAGAAUCUGUCUUAAGGUAUGGUUUGCCAGUGAAUUUUCAAGCAAUGCUGUUGCAGCCCAGUAAAAAAAUGAUGAAGAAGUUGAGAGAAGUUUUGUAUGAAUUGUACAAGCAUCUGGAUAGUAGUGCAGCUGCCAUAAUUGAUGCAACAAUGGAUAUCCCAGGCUUAAACCUCAGUCAGCAGGAAUACUACCCUUAUGUCUACUACAAGAUUGACUGUAACCUGUUGGACUUUAAGUAGUGGAGUUUUGUCAUCUUGUAUUUUGUUUUGGCGUAUGAACAGGAAUGAAAGUGAAUAAAUACUACUCAAUAUACAAAUCAUUCUAACAGUACUUUUUAACUGUGGAGUAAUCCACAUUCUCCUAGCAGACCUUUGAAUUAUGUGAACUGUUGUGAUCCCUCACCAAAGGCAUCCACUUGAGAAAAGUGUGUGUUAUAGUGCUUUUAAUCAGUCAAGUAUUAUAAAUAUUCUUGGAAGAAGUUGAAAAUUCUAUUUAUGAACUGAGUAGACUAUUUAAACUAAAGGUCAUUCUUCAUAUAUGUAUAUGUCGUAGUGUGCUGUAAUUGCAUUCCCUUGCACUGUUCAUUAGAAAAAGAAAACAGCUUAAAGAAAGAAAAUAUUGUAAACUUUGUAUUAUUUUAUUCAUUGUCUUUAUUUGAUACAAAUAUAGAGAUAUUUACGGUCUUACCAUGAAUUGUGAUUAUAAAAAGUAUGUGAUGUACAGUUUGUGUAUUAUUUGAUGUUUUACUACGACAGUCUGCAAGCACUGGCAACAUAAACAUACAACAAUAAAACAACUGUGCUAAAUCUG